UCUGAUCCCAAACCACCGAAACACGUAGUGCACGUCUUGAUGCCAAACAGAAGCGCGUCAUAGAAGUCGUGGUUGGUAAUUGGCCGAAAGCCCCGCCCGUCAAGUAGCCCCGCCCAUCUGAUCUCCUCGAUUAGCUCGCUGGUUCACAAUGGACGGAACGACGGAAGACAUGAAGUAGAGAAAAGUGUUAACUGACUGUUUAUCUUCUAAUUUCGCCCACCUUUUCUUCAGUAUGAGUGGGAGAGCGCGCUGAGAAAGAAGGCUAAGGGAUGUAUUAUUCCAGUAAAAGGCGGGGAGAAGAUGGAAUCACUGCCAUCAUCGACUUCCUCCUGUCUAACGCACGGCUGGUGCUCGGAGUGGGCGGGGCUGCAGUGCUGGGCAUCGCUACGUUAGCCGUGAAGAAGUUGAUAGAGCGCGCCGGCCGGCCUCCCGACGAUGAGAAGCCUGAUAAGAAGAUGACGGACAGCUGGGAGGAGCUCGGUCUGGUCACUGCGUCGCCCAAACUGCUGCGAAAGGGCGUCGAGGGAGUGGUGAUGAAACAGAUCACUGCAGCCACCAAGAAAGACCUGUCUCAGCCUCCGCCGCCUCAGAAGAGCGAGGCCGAAGCGAAUCCCCGCCGUAAGCGGAUGGACCUGUGCGUGCUGACGUUCGCUGAGCGUCUGCAGCAGUAUUACCGCACGCGUGUGUGUCUGCCCGCUGACGAGGUGUCCAGGGCUAAGCAGCGGGCUCUGGACAUCGCCACGGAGAUCCACGCCUUCUUGCGCUCCAAACACGCCGACAUGCCGCUCGGGGAGAUGACCUUGGGGGGGUCGCUGCUCGAUGACUUGCAGGUGGUCAAAGCUGAUCACGCCUGCCUGCUUGUGCCUCUACAGCUGGAGCCCAGUCUGUGGACCCCUAUAGCGGGAGAGGACACCUUUCUGGGCCACCCUCAGUACUGCAUGUUGCGCCGCGAAAACCUGGAGUAUUUCCCGCGUGGGCGGAGCUACUGGGACCGCCACCUCCUGGGCGGCUACCUGUCGUCCCGGCUGGUCGCCGAGCAACUGGGCAAGUCCAUAAUGGAGUCCAUGAACUGGCCGUCGCUGAGCGGGACCCUGGAGUGCGAGGUGCGGCCGGUGCUCGGGUCUUCGGCGCUCAAGCUUGAGAUCCGCGGCCUCAGCGAAAGAAACCUCGAUGAAGAGGAGCAGCUCUUCAUCAGCGUCCUGCCCACAGUGCGCCUGGGGGAAAUGACACUGACGGCCCAGCCGGAAAUCACCGGAUCCUUCGACUACGUCUGGUACCAGAGCCUGUACACCAGCGAAACCGCCCGACUGGCCAGCCUCGACCAGUCUGGCGGCGCAUCAGAGGUCAGGAGGAAGUGCCUCAAAACGUUGAAGGCUGUGUGCCGGAACUGCCCCGCACUCCACAAGCUCACGGGCGCCCAGCUCAGCAACGUUAUCCUGCACAUGAGCGAGAAGGAAUCUGAUUGGUCAGAAUCUGCCUUUGCUGAUAGGUUCCAGCAGGCCAUCACGGAGAUGAUUGGCUACUUGGAGAUGGGAGUCCUGCCCAGUUAUUUCAAGCCCGCUGUCAAUCUUCUGCAGGGCUUCACCGAAGACGACAUUGACGAGAUGGGCUUCAUGCUCUACUGCGCCGUGAGCGAGCCGGAGAUACUGCUCAUAUGAAUCAUCUCGGCUUCGGAAUGCACACAGCUGCCAACAUAUGGAUUCAUAUCGUUGCUGUCCCACCUCCCCCGCCUCCCCCCACCGUUUAAUAACACCUUCUGCCCUUCACAUUGUAUGGACAUUUGAUGAUAGAUGGAGCAAUACAGGUGGUCCGAACUUACUUUUUACAUUUAACUUAUACGAUCAUUCUCCUAUAAAGUUGAUGAGGAGUUCCACCAAUUUUUCCAGAUUUCUGCAAAAUUCAGUUGUUGAGAUGUAACCGAAAUGAUCCGAAGUGGUUUGGUGUGAAAUGGUUCAUUUUAGAAACUUACCGACAGAAUUAUAGUCCACAAACAGUCAUUUUACACAAAUAUAGUCAUUUUAUUACUCAUCCAAAACAACCAGUUAACUUGUGUUUUCUCAGUUUUUAUAUGAUGGUGAUGGUAAAAUAGUCAUAAAACAAAAUUAUAAGUUUUCUUUGGGGACUUUUUUGCCUUCAUUUUUUAAGAUAUGGCAAAAUCUUCUCAGAACUAUCAUAAAACAUAAAACAAUGUCUCAGCCAACAUAUUUGCACUAUUUAGUAAUAACUUUCUAUGAAGGAGCUUUUGGAGGCAUUAAACUCCUCAGACGUCUGGUUCCUAUCACCACCACUGUGAACAAUUCUGACUCCUAGAACAAAGCAUUUCACGUCAAACCACUCCGAAUGACUUGGCCUUAACGAUUGAAUUAUGAAAUUAUGAAAGAAUGCAGGAAUUCCCUUUUCAUAUUUUGGAGAUUUGAGAUUUUGUUACGACAGCGGCGAUACAUACUAUUACUGUACACAGUGCUAAGCCUGUGAAGUUCCCUUAUUGCUCUGCACGUUCUGAUGUUUUUCCUGCUCACAUGCAUCCACUUCAACUCCGAAAUGGCCUGAUAAAGAGCUGACUAGUUGGAUCAGGUGUGCUGGGAGCAGGAGAAACAGAGCAGGGGGUCUCCAGGACUGAAACUGAGACACCAAGCCUGGUCUGAGUACAUUCUUCCAUAGCAGGGCUCUCCAGUCCAGUCCAGUCCAGAGCCAGUGUGGCUUUAGGUUUUCAUUCCAACCAGGUGGAAACAGACCUGCUCAGCUGUCUGAGACCAUCUGAUGAAGUGGACUCGGGGGUCUUCCUGCUCGAUUAGAGUUAAAGCCUGCAGCCACACUGGCACUUCGAGGACAAGAUUGAAGACCCCGUUCCAUAACCUGGUACAAUUUGGUAAACAUUUGUGCUGUAAAGCGAGCGGCGCACACAGAAACCGACACAUUGUGUUCUUAAUAAUGGUAAUUUGAACUAUGCAGUGAUGUGCAGUAUGAAUGAUAGACACUCAGUGAGGCGGUAUGAAUUCUGCACUGCCUUAUACUUGUUACACAAGGUGGUGCAAAGCAGAUGGAAGCCGUCAGAGUGAGUACAGACACUAUAUUAACCCUCAGCUAUCAGUGGCAGCCGACAGCAUCGCCUUCUCUUUAAUUACCCACUCCUGUGGUGACGGGAUGAGCUACGCUGGGCUGGUUGUAGCCACAGAGUUAAGUUCUAGUUAUGCAGCAGCACUUUUUGCUCGGCUUGGCGCGUUAGACGUUAGGGAUCUUCACAGAGACGCAGACCAGAACUGUGCCGUUUCUGUCCGCUCGGAAGCGCGUUUGCCUUUGGAAAAGCAAUAAAGCACGACUGCGGUUCGUUUUCUGAAGCUUUUAUUUUCCGUAUUAAUUUUCUUUUGGCAGUUCUGAGUGUUUCUCUCCUGGAAAACCUGAUGUGUGUUAAUGUUGUUUGGGCUGGUUUGGCACAGCCUGCCAGAAAUGUACUACAGUUUGACAAGGAUGUGUAAAGAUAUUUAUAAUUAAACCUCAUCUUUGUGUAUUGGUGCCUAAAUAAAGAGCUUAUUUGAAUAAA